UUUAAUCAAUCGCCCGGCCCAAGGAUAUCCGCUUCGCUUGAAACUGUCCGAUAGGGGGAAAGUCCUCCGGGUCGAGCCGGCGUAGAAGGGUGGCGUCGGCGUCCCUCAUGACGCAGGCGCCGCGACGCCUCUCCGACGCCUCGUCGACAGGAAGCUCUGGGUCUGUCCAGCUCUUUGCGCGUCUAGAGACUUCGCCCUGCGCUCUCUCUCUCUCUCUUUUUCUCUCCGGCUGCGUAUCCAUUCACGAAAGCGACCCCCGACGCGUCCGGAAUCCCUCGAGUCUUCGCGAAGACGGCAAGCCAGGACCCGGGGACGUUCACGUGCGUCGUUCUCUGCGGCGAAAUCAUCCCUGGUCUCGGCCGCGGCGUGAAAGGGCGACGUUCGUUCCGGGCAGCUUCGCUGGAAACCACCGCGAUCCAUCCCGCGACGUUGAUUCGCACCCCGAGUUCAUUGUCGCGGAUCUCUAGCGAACGGUUGAUUUCUCCGACGAUAUUCAAGAAGAGAGUUAAAAGUGUUUUUUCGGGGCCAAAGCAGCCCGGCAAGCGAAGAGGCUCCGGGAUCAAAGCAACAGCAGGAAGACAUGGGCCCGAUGCCGGAGGCUUCAGGAUCUGGGAUGGCCGACGAGGAGGAUUACUCGACUUUCGAGAAUAAAACCGGCCUGGCCGAGGACAUGAAGUUUUUGGCGAGUAUGCCGGAACUCUGCGACGUGACAUUCCUCGUCGGUGACACCAGGGAGCCAGUUUGCGCUGUGAAAGCUGUACUCGCGGCCCGAAGCAGAGUUUUCCAUAAAAUGCUGUACCAAACCCCGAGCCCGCAGCGCAAAAAAGAGCCGCCGGCGCGAGAGAACAAGAUCCGGCUCUUUCUUAAACGCAGCUCCGAGCCGCUGUUGAAUUUACAGAAUGCUGCGCAACAGCGGUCAGGGUUCACGCAGCAACUGGCCCCCAUCCAAGAGCCGCAAUCUCAUCAGCAUCAUACGCUGAUCAUCGAGGAAUUCGAGCCCGACGUCUUCCGGCAGUUGAUCGAGUACAUUCAUACGGGAUGUGUGACAUUGCAGCCUAGGACCUUGCUUGGGGUAAUGAACGCUGCCGAUUAUUACGGAUUGGACGAGCUUAGACGAGCCUGCGCAGGUUUCGUUCAAUGUUGCAUAACUGUUGACACGGUCUGCGCUUUGUUAGCAUCAGCCGAGCGUUAUAUUCAGUAUAAAUGCACGAAAUCUUUGGUUCAGAAGGUACUGGAAUUCGUCGACGAGCACGGAAAUGAAGUACUGAAUUUAGGAUCUUUCACAUUACUGCCGCAACACGUUGUCCGCCUGAUCCUCGCCCGAGAAGAACUACGCGCGGAUGAAUUUACAAAAUUUCAAGCCGCACUGAUGUGGAGUAAAAAGUACUGCGACAACAAUCAAAAUACACCGCUGAAAGACGUAAUUGGUAACUUCAUCGAGUACAUCCAGUUUCACAAAAUCCCGGCCACCGUAUUGAUGCAAGAAGUGAAUCCGUUGGGUCUGGUACCGCCGGAGAUCAUCAUGAAUGCCUUGGCUUAUCAGAAUUUGUUGCAGGCAGACCCAACCAGUGUUGACCCCAGAAAAUUCUCUCCCCACAGAGUGAGGAGACAGGGUCGCAGCAUGUCGGUCCAGUCGUCGCUGGAUCCGUAUGGCAGCAUCACGACCUUGAGCUCGAGCGGCUCCGACGCCGGAUCGGAUCAGAAACAAAAUUCUGGUAGCAACUAACCUCAGGCCACGGCCGCACUGAUCGCGGCCGUUUCGGACGAGCCUCGACGAACCGAGGAUAUUUGUGGCCCCGACGAAAG